AUGAUGUCUACGGCGUGAUCUGUGAUGCGAUUUGUUUACUAGUUCGAAAUUCGCAACUAUUCUCAAACUUGCUGUCGAAGUAGAAUAGGGGUUAAUUAUCGUUUUUCGUAAUGAAUCCUGUACUUGGAUAUUUGAAAGAAGCUUACGACUUCGUUCUGAGAAAGACGCUGAAACCGCCUGAAAGGCAUGUUGUUUUGACACCCCAUGAAAGAGUCAACAGAGCCCGAGUAUUCAAUUCUAUUUUGAGUCCAUUUGAGACGUAUUUCGGCCCGUUGCAGAGUCUUCUUGUUUGGGAACGACCGUAUCUAAGUGCUGGAGCUUUUGUCACUGUCAAUAUAGCCUAUUGGAUCAUAGUAGCGUGGAACAGGAGGUUUUUUUCCAUACUUUCAAUAUUUGCACUUACAUUGUUUUGUUACAACACAUGGAUUUAUCAAGUUUGGCCUGAAAUCAGAGGCACACCAGAGAGUCAAGAAUCUGAAAGUUGGACUGACUUAAACCCCAACACUGUAAGUGUUCCGGAACUCAGUAAACAUUUGAACGAUUUCUGUGAGAAAAUGUUAAUUUUAUGGAAAGAUGUCUGGAAGUUGAGGAAAGAAAAUCAUGGAUUGUUUUGUGCUUUGAUGUGCGGAUUUUUUUCAAUUCUUGCUCUGAUUGGAAAGAUAAUUCCCGGUGUCCUCAUUGUUUAUAGCACAGUUCUCAUACUUUCACUUGGUCCAGGAAUUGCACUGCAUUUAAUUCCAUCUACAUUAUAUGAUCAGAUGAUUGGUUAUUUUGCUGAAUCAGAUGAUCAAGUCUCGUCUGAUGGCUCAAGGCCGAGCGGUCAGUCAGAUAAAGAUAGCGAUAUUGAAGAGUUUAUUCCUGAAGCCUCUGCAGAAGUCCUCAGGCAACUCUCCUUUAAAGAAGAUACUCCAGAAAUCCCAAGUCCUGGCAUGGUUCUUACUGAAUCUCCUUGUAUAGAAUUUGAUGCUAGUCAAGAAACAGCUGACGAAUUUUCACUAUACUCAGGACUUGGUGGUUUCCCUAGUGUGGAAGAGGAAGGUGAAAGUGACCUUGAGGAUGAAAUUUCGGAUGACAUCCUUCCUAAGGUGGAUUCAGCUGCCGGGGAGAUGCAUUUUGUCCCUUCACAUUUCAAAGAUGACAGUUCAGACUCUGAAAACGAGAAUUUCAUAGAAGGUCUGUCAUUCAAGAACCCUGGUGAGCACGAAGCAACCCCAGAGCAAGAGGAUGAGGUAAAUAAAGCGAAAAAACCCAGUGAAAGUGCAAAGCGGAAAGUGUCGUCUUCUAGUGAGUUUGACGAUGAACUGAUGGAUUUUGAAAUAUUAGAAGAAUCUGAUGUUCUUUCCUGAUUGUGAUAGUCUUCUAGUAGUGUGGACAUCACAGUGAGAAGGACAUAUUCUUACUUAGGGUUUUUAUUUCAAAGAGUGCACUGAACAAAUAAAUGCCUUGAUACUUAGGUAGAGAAAAUAUAAGUUGAUAUUUUAAUUAUGAUCGCACCGUUUUUAGCAUUUUAACUAUUUUUUGUGCAUGUUUGCUUUCCAAGAUAUUUCACUCUCAUUGAAUAUAUUUUUGAUUGAAAUGAUGGCCUUGAUGAUGGUUGUUUAAAGGUUAUUUAUGAGUUGUUUAUUGUUACUUUGUUGUUCAUUUUUAAGAAGUUUUAACUGUUGAUUGGAGACUUUUAUUCAGGUAUACCAUUGAUUGAAAGCCCAAUGAAACUAUUCUUAGAAAAUUAGUUUAAGGUGACAGUUAAAAACAAAAUUUGGGUUGCUUUUGAGUAAAAAUAUACAGUCUAUCGUGUCUAUCUCAAAAUUCAUCGGAAGAAAAAAAAAUCAGAUGAGGUUUGCGAUACAAAGGUUUUAAUAAAAUCAUUAAAAUGAAUAAUAAAAAACAAAUGCAAAGAGUUGACAUUUUCUUUCGAGUAAAACUACUCUGAAUUGAUACUCAUAUGUGAUAUACUGUAAUUACACAUAUUUUUAAUUACAUAAAGUAUACAUUAAUAACAUAGUUUUAAUAAUAUUAGUAAUCACAUCAAGGGCGCCCAUAUAGGGGGCCAAGUGGGGGCUCAAGCCUCCCCCCCCCUUUAAAAUUGAGAACUUUUUUUGCUUUUAAUGCUUUUUUCUUUGCAAAAAUGUAUAAAAAUUUCUUUUCCAGCCAUUAAUGAGUAAGUUAUUAAAAAUGUCAAAUUUUAAUGUCUCAAAUCUGUACUGAAAUCGGUUUCCAUAUGGAAAAUAUUCUGCUAAACCAUGAGGAAAAUUUUUGAGUCCCCCUACCUUAAAAUUUUGCAUAUGGGCGCCCUUGAAUCAAAUCAUACAUAAAUGAGUUGAUUACUAAUUUUUGAAGAAAAGAGAAAUGGUGAAGAAUCCUUUAAUUUAUACUGUAAAUGCAGGGAAAUAUUUAAACUUUGGCAAAGAGUAGUUAGGAGUUUGAUAUGGGAAGAGUUGACUGUAUGUUGCUAAAAUAUUAUCUUUUAAUGGACUGAAUAUGUGUGUGGUGAGGGAGGGGGACUAUUACCAAAGAUAAAGGAGAAAAAAUAAGCACAAUUGGAUGCGCUGCCAAAAGGAAAUGUGUACCAAAGUUGAUUGAUAAAAGCAAAUUUGGCCAAGAAGUGAGAACAUGAUAGAUGAACUAAAUAUUUAUUUCAUAUUUGAAUAAUCUGGAUUCAAUUUUUUUUAAUUUUUUUUAACAAGAACAUAUUUUUAGUAACUUUGAUUGACCAUUAUUGUAAUAGCAAAUACAAGACAGGUAAGUUGCUAUACUCAUUUUUGGCCUUAUUUUGAGCUCAUCAGUCUGGAAUAGCCAUAGCUGAGCUGCAGGCAAAUAAGCAUCACAAGGAAGAUAAUAUCAUGACCCAGAUAGGAAAAAACAGGGGCAAAGCUGCAAUCUCUGGAUGCUGUAAGGGAGUUGUCCCAUAUUUGCUUGCAAUUUUGCCUUAGUUCUGGCUAUGAGACGGUAAUUUGUAGCUUUAUUGUUUUAAUAUUUCCAUUAAUCAAUAGUAUGUAUGUAUAUUCAGUAGAAAGUCAAAAAUCCAAAUUACUUGGGACUGUAGGUAGUUUGAAUUUUUGAUAAUAACAAAGAAAAUGCCAUUUAGGAAAAUAGUACAUAAUUUAAUUAAAUAAAGUGUUUAGACAAUAUAUCUACAUAACAAAAAAUGUAAUACAUAAUGCUGCAGUAUGUAAUCAUAUUUUUUUAACAAUUUGUUGUAUGUUCCAACAAGGUGAAAUCCAUACCUUUUUGCAUGGUAAAUAUAAUAUUCCACCUCUAUUGCAUAUGUACUUAAUUUCUUUCACCCUUGUUUGAAAACUAUUUAUUUCACAAACUGUAUCUGUUCCUCAGCAAUUGUCGAGCAGUUUAUAAAAUCUGAUUGCAUUCAGAUUUUUGACAUUCUACUGUAUAUAUGUUCUUUCACAAGUAAAGCUUCUAGUAAGGUUACGUUAUUCAUCUCAUAUGUUAGGUUAGAAAAAUAUUGAAAUGUUUUUAGUCAUCAAAUGCAGUCCUUUUUUCCUCUCCAAAAUUUUACCGGUUUCAUUUAUGUUUAAAAAUGUUGCUCAAGUGUAUAAAUUUUACAGAGCAAUACUAUAUAUGGUUUUUUAAAGUUAUUUUAAACUAGCAAUAGUUCAAAAUUUAGUACACUGAAUUAUUCAAAACUUAGAAUGCUUAACUUAGACUCCAAUAAAAGUUAGCAUUUGAAACAUCUUUAAGUGCUUAAUUUUCCGAAACAAUACUGUAGUUAAGUGAUAUGGUUUUUAAAUCCUCAUAUAUGUAAUAGUGAAUUCACUGAUCGGGUAACUUAACUGUUUUACUGGUAAGACUGUAAUUUUAGGAGAAUGAAGAAACGAAAAAGUGGUCAACAAUUAACAAUAUCUACUGGAGUUAGGGUUAAAUCUUGACCAAAUAGGCUUGCAAUUGCCCAAAACAUAGAAAGAUUUUAAUGCUACUUAUAAAAUGUAUGAUUUUAUUUUUUUGUAACAUUUAUCAUUAUUAUCAUUAUUAAAAGUUUUGUUGACUUAUAACUUAUUUUAUGCUUAAAAAAACUAAAAAUAUGAUUUUUUUAAACAAAAAACAUUUCUGUCCCUAUUUUGCCACAUAUCAGAUGAAACUUUGUUAAUACCUAUGACAGACAUUAAAUUUUGGGCAGGUGAAGUUCCUUCAGUGUUAUAUAGACUCUCCCUUUUUUGUUUGAGUGAUAAUCUGUGAUUUUUUUUAAUUGUUGAAAAUGUUUUUGUUGACUUAGUAUGCUGUUGUGGAAAAGCAAUCUUUUCUGUUGUGCAGUAAACAUUUAAUUUUUCUUUUUGCCAUAUGAAUCAAGGCCAUGAUAUGUAUCCAUUU